GUAAAAUAUAAAACGUAUCGUGUACGAUUUGGAAAUUUGGUCUGAAAUCUUUUAUAUAAAACACACCCACCCCUUAGCCUUGAGCAUUGACAAAACAGCUACACCUACUCUGUGUUUAUCAUCUAUAUUCUGCUUUGAAGUUGAAAGUUUAAGCACGGCAAUGGCAAACGCAUCUGCUUCAGAACAACAACAACACAAUCUCACUCUUUAUGGAUAUUGGAGAAGUUCAUGUUCCUUCCGUGCUCGAAUCGCUCUCAACCUCAAAGGUCUCAAAUAUCAUUACAAAUCAAUUAAUCUCUUGAAAGGAGAACAAUCUCAUCCCGAGUUUCUUCAGCUUAACCCCGUUGGUUUUGUUCCCGUUCUCGUCGAUGGCGAUUCCGUCAUUUUCGACUCUUUCGCCAUUAUUAUGUAUUUGGAGGAUAAAUAUCCUCAACAUCCUUUGCUUCCUACUGAUAUUCACAAAAGAGCAAUCAAUUUCCAGGCUGUUAGUAUUGUUUCUUCAUCAAUUCAACCUCUUCAUAACUUAAACCUUCUGGUAAAGUACAUCGAGAUAAAUGUUGGCCCUGAUGAAAAACUUCCAUGGGUCCAGAGUGUAAUUAGAAAAGGCUUCACAGCACUUGAAAAGCUAUUGAAAGAACACACUGGGAGGUAUGCUACUGGAGACGAAGUUUGCAUGGCAGAUGUAUUUUUAGCACCUCAGAUACAUGCUGCAUCUAAUAAAUUCAACAUUGACAUGAAUGAAUUUCCUAUUCUCUCAAGAUUACAUGAGACAUAUUAUGAUAUCCCAGCAUUUCGGGAGGCUUUGCCAGAGAAUCAGCCAGACGCUGUAGGCAAGCUGAGUCAAUAAUUUGGGACUGAAUUGUGACCUGAUCUUGGGUUGAAGAAAUUGCACCAGGAACAACUGAUUUAGCGUUUGGUUGAAUUUGUAAUGAUAUACUAUACUCUGAAGCAAUAAUGUUGCCAUGAAACAAUAAUAAAUGUAUCUAGUGAUUCCUAAUGAAAUUUAUAUUUAGAGACAA